CUUCAACAGCGAUUCUGCGCUUUCCUACUCUUCAGUCCCAACGACAACGAGAUGUCAAGUCUAUCUGAUGAAAGAGUAGUAACUUUAAGUUGAUCAAUCGGGGUAUUCUUUUCUUUUCUUUCCUUCGCUUAUUGCUUGUUUUUUUCUUCUCUUCGUUAAUUCGGUAGACCGCCUUUGUUUUCUUCACUGCGUCAUUUUAUCGAACACCUUCCGCUCCAUCUUUACGUCCACGUAUUCGUGCUCUGCUCCUGCUAGUAUGUAUCUUGCUAUUACUCGCUUGAUGUGCGACUGAACUAUGCGAGGAACCAGAGCUGCUAGUUUGUUUCGAAGGGCGCUUUCUGUUGUUGCGGCUCGUACGCCUGGCCAUUUGUCUCACGCGACACCAGUUCAUGUCUCCCAUCGGACCGCCGAGGACGCCGCUUCGGGGAGUCGAUUGGUUUCUCAGUUUGCAUCUGCUUUAUCUUCAUUCUCUGGUUCGAGUGUCGAAACCCCAGUUGGAGGAACUGCUCCAGAUAUUCCAGAGAGAAGUCUCAGUGAGAGCAAUGGUGAUGAUGAUGUUGAAAACGGUAUAUCCUCUUCUUCCAGUUCAAGUGUCGACACACCAGUUCCCGCAACGACCACCGUGAAUCCAGGAGAAUGUUCCGUCCAGAGAGAUUACGAUGAUGAUGCUAAUGAAAGUGAUGAUGGUUCCCGCAGUGAUUGUGAUGAUGGAUUUCAUGAUGGUGGCGAGGGGCAGGUGAAGCUGAUUGAUGCCGCCCUUCUUAUAGAUGCGCAUGCCAUUGUUAAAAUGUUGCAUGAUUCGAGUAAAAAUCGUGUGGAAAUGAGGGACAAGAUUGAGCAGUGCGAGGUUAAGGUGUCACAUGAAUUGGUCAGGGAAGUUCUUUCCAGGGUGAGGAAUGAUUGGGAAGCAGCCUUCACUUUCUUCUUGUGGGCUGGUAAGCAGCCAGGUUAUGCUCAUUCUUUACGUGAGUAUCAUGCUAUGAUCUCUAUCCUAGGUAAAAUGAGAAAGUUUGAUACAGCAUGGGCAUUGGUUGAUGAGAUGAGAGGUAUAAGAACUGGUGUUUCGCUUGUUACUCCACAAACUCUGCUGAUUAUGAUAAGGAGGUAUUCGGCUGCCCACGAUGUUGGUCAAGCUAUAAACACAUUUUAUGCACACAAGCGCUUUAAAUUCGAUGUGGCGAUGGAAGAUUUUCAUGGUCUUCUGUCUGCUCUAAGUCGUUACAAGAAUGUACAAGAUGCUGAGCAGUUGAUGUGGUGCAAUAAGGAGAUCUUUCCGUUCAACACAAAGAGUUUUAACAUUGUGCUGAAUGGAUGGUGUAAUGUGAUUGGUAGCCCUAGAGAAGCAGAGAGAGUGUGGAGGGAGAUGUCCAAAAGGGGGAUCCGCUAUGAUGUUGUCUCAUAUGCAAGCAUCAUCUCUUGUUAUUCAAAGGCAGGCAAUAUUUACAAGGUGCUAAAGAUAUACAACAGGAUGAAGGAGAUGAACAUUGAACCAGAUAGGAAAGUGUAUAAUGCUGUUAUUCAUGCUCUUGCAAAGGCAGGGCAUGCAGAGGAAGCUAUUGAUCUGUUGAAAACAAUGGAUGAGAAGAAGGGCAUUUCACCUAAUGCCGUGACUUAUAAUUCAUUGAUUAAACCUUUGUGCAAGGCACAGAAAAUCAAUGAAGCAAGAGCUGUCUUUGAUGAAAUGUUACAGCGUGGUCUCCCUCCAACAAUACAGACAUAUCAUGCUUUCUUGCGUUACCUGCGGACUGCUGAGGGUGUAUUUGAGCUAUUGGAAAAUAUGUCAAAGGUGGGUUGCCAGCCAACGAAUGAUACCUAUAUUAUGUUGAUCAGAAAGUUUUGCCGAUGGCGCCAACUUGAUAAUGUGUUCAAACUUUGGGAUCUGAUGAUCAGGAAUGGGAUAAGCCCGGAUCGUAGCACAUAUAUUGUGCUGAUACAUGGGCUCUUUCUAAAUGGCGAAUUGGAGUUGGCACAUCAAUAUUACGCAGAAAUGAAGGAGAAGCAGCUAUUGCCAGAACCUAAGAUAGAUGAAGUGAUUCAGACAUGGUUGUCAAACAAGCAAAUAGCAAAGCUGCAGCUGGUGAAAUCAGAAGGCAAUCAGUCAAGCAAGCCAGGCAGAGAUACUUCUACAAGAUUCGGACGUGACAAAAACUUCGUCCGGCAAGCUGAAACACGAAGAGUUGUGAGAGAUCGAGGCUUUUCAUUCUGGGAGCCUUAGUUUAUUAUGUCGUCCAGAUUAAUUAAGUCAUCAUCUAGGGUUGUGUAACUGCAUAGUGUAUUCAUUCAUAUGGCCAAUUAUCCUAUCAUUGUUACUUCAAAUGCUCACACAUGAGAUCGCAGGCCUACUUUGAAGAAGUGCAGAUCUAUGUUUCAAAUCUUUUGGAUUUCUAGAACUCUUUUCAGUACCUUCUCAGCUGCCAGGGUAUUCGACUCUCAGUGCACUGUUAUUCAUAAGACUAUAUGACAAGUGAAGCUUUCUGAUACAACUACCAACUAAGGCUUAUUGUAAUUUAUGAUAGGAUAAUCAGAGUGAUGCUUCCAUUCAACUCUUGUCCUCUGGCAUCCAUUUGUACUGUACAUGUGGUAGGUUUAACAUCUUAGCGUAACUUUGUGAUAAUUGUAGUCUUCAGGGCUCGGUAGAAUUUGCACUGUUUGUUUUUCUUAUUCUUUCUAGACCUUGUAAGUUGGUAUGUUACAGGGAAACUACUUCAAAUUGGUUGUGCCAUGUACAUGAGACAUCUGUUUCGUCAUACAUUUACCGGUCUUUUGGUUGCAAACCAGGGGUUCUCUGUAUUAGAAAAAUACAAUGAAGGUUCACUUCAGGU